AUGAGUAAAUUCUCUGACCACAACAAACAAGUCUCGGUAUCAUCACUCUUGACAAAUCAGUACGCACAAGAAUUUCAUUUCAAGCACGGACAAGCCUCUUCUUCUUCUUCCACAGCAGCACAUUCGAGCAAAACAUCAGAAAUUACAAGCAAUCUUUCUGAAAUUUUCCAACAAUCCACCAUUGACCAAUACCGAGCUGUUAAAGUUGAAAUUGGUAAUCAAGUCAAUAUCUCAAGUACCGAUGAAUUUGAAAUAAUUUUAGGAAAAGCAUUACAUGCAUGGCAAAACAAAUCAUCAAAAGCAAUUGAUUAUAAUAGUCGAGUGAGAAGUGUACACUUGAAAAUUGAUGCAAAAUUCAGUGAAUUAAUUCCGAUUUGUUUGAAAAAGUUUGGAUUUUCAUUUCAUCACUGUAAACCAGAGUAUAUUUAUUUACAUAAAUGGCUUGCCACGGAAGAGAAAAAUACAUAUCCACCAUAUUGUCAGCAUUACGUAGGAGUGGGCGGAUGUGUGGUUGAUUUUGAAAAGGAAGAAAUUUUAAUCAUCACAGAAAAGAUUAAUCUUCUACCAUCACAUAUGAAACCUUACAAAUUUCCUGGAGGUCAAUUAGAUCAUCAUGAAUUUAUUGAAGAGGGAGUUUGUAGAGAAGUUCGAGAAGAGACCAAUGUUGAAACUAACUUUAAAGGAAUUUUAGGAUUUAGAUAUAAGAAAGCAUUCAGGUUUGGCAAUCCAGAUAUUUACUAUAUUUGUUUAUUAGAACCCAAAUCACAGGAGCAUAAGAAAACAAUUUCAGCAUGCCCCACAGAGAUAGAUCUUUGUCAAUGGGUUCCAUUGGAUGUUUAUUUCAAAUAUGAAUCUCUUGCACCAGUUCAAGAACAUGCCAGAAAAUUACUGAAACGUUAUAUCGAAACGCGUAAGCAAAACCCGCAAGAUUGUGACAAGUUAUUAUUCAAAUCAACCUUCCAAUCAAAAGACCAUGUUUUGAAUGUGGAAAAGUUUAAGGAGGUGGAACCAAAUCCAGAAUUUUUACUUUACCCUAAUAUUUGA